ACAUUUAUUGAAACCGAACGUAAGCAAAGUGUGUAACGCCCAACAAUGUUUGCCUUACAAAAUCUUUUUUUAAGAAAUAGUGAAUUAUUUCUAAAAGUAAGAUUAUUCAUUUAUUGUUUGACAUUUGCUCAUCUUAAUGUAAUGGCAGUGAUCUUAUUGAAUAAAGACUUGACAUCGUCUGAGGACCCAAAUCUUAUAAUUUACAUGAAGCUUAAAUGGAAAUUAAUCACGACUUGGUUUAAUAUUCUAACAAUACCAUACAUCUUUUUAUGCAUUUACUGCGACUGGCGGGAACUCACAAAAGCAAAUGUUCCGCAUGUAAAGGCGUUAAAGAAUAUUAGAGAUUUUUAUUUCACCAAUCUGAUCCUUCCAGCUACGUUGUUUCCAGACAUCUUAUUCUGGAUCAUAUGGAAUACAAACAGAGAGCUAUUGAUGCCACUUUCUGUUGACAAGUACGUGUCGUUGUGGGAGCAACAUAGCAUGCAUACAGCCUCGCUUGUGUUUGUAAUAUUGGACCUAGUAUUGGUUCCUCGACGAAAACCUAACAAUCAUAAAUGGGGCAUUAUCAUCCUCUCUACAUACAUCGGCACCUAUAUUUUAGUGUAAGUAUUUUUAUAGUUACCACUAAAUUUAAAAAAAUCCAAAAUCAUCUAUCGAUCAUAAUAACUAAGUCUACCUAAGAAAAGUAACUUUUUUUUUAUAUAAUAUACUAGUAAUGCUAUUAAACAUUACUAAUAUUCCCUUUAACCACUUCUGGUAAGCUUAAAAUGCUUGUGUUAGAAGUGGUUCACGACAGUAGUCGAAUGGCGGAUUCGAACGCACGACCUUUCGAGUUCGCGGUCCGCGCCCUGCCAUUAGGCUACUGACACUUUAUCUAAGACUUAACCUAAUAAAUAAAGGAGGCCUAUGUUCAGCAUUGGACUUCUGAAGGGCUGUAAUGAAUGAAUGAAAAAACCUAACCUAAAUAAUAAAAUCAACGCUAUAAUUUAAUAACCUUGGCGCUAAUAUUAUCUAAACAACACAAUAGUCCACCUGCCUUCUAAUAUAUAAUCGUAGAGGAUUUUUAAAUAUAUUUAUUUACAAUUUAAUAUUAAUUAUCUCUAGGGCAAAAUGUCAAAUACAUGAUAAAUUAUCUAAUUAACAUUGUAUUGUAAAACAAAAUACAUGUAAAUUAGAUAACAUUUUCACCAAAAAAGUAUUUUAAUUGACAAUACUUACUUAGUGAAUUCUAAUCGAAUAAAUCAUGUUUUAUAUUGUACAAACUUUUAAGUUUUUGAUAUACUCAAGGCGUUGUAAUGCCAAGCAUGUGAGUGAUUACACAAAUAAGUGUCAUGUACUAUUAAUUAUUUCUUAUUAUUUUGUUGACAUGAUUCCAGAUCACCAUAAUAUAAAACAUCAUCAAUGUCGGCAGCAAAAAGCUAUAAUUCGACAUUAAAAUAAUAUUCAUAAUAAAAUAUUUUUCAACUAGGCCUGACAGAAUUGUUACGAAAAGUAUCCUUUGUUCUGUUCUACCGUAUAGUUGAAUUAUGUACCAAAUAGGGUUUGGGUCCCGGGACGUCUCGUGUCUCGAAUUCCCGGGACUUUUCGUAAUUUUUGUUGUCUCGAGUCCCGGGACUUUCGGGUCGAGACUCGAGACGUAACAAGAUUGUCGAAAUUGUUAUGUAAUCAUUUUUAUUUUCAAAUAAUUGAAGGAGCCUAGCGCCAUGUGUUAGUUUAAUGAAUAAUUACUUGGUCUACUACGUCUGAGCACGCAACACAAUAAAUUAAACGAAUAUGUGAUGAGAAUUAGCAAUGAGAUUAUGAACAAUGAUUAGAUACUAGAAUUACUAGAUAAUAGUAAAGUUAUUAAGAAUUAGCAUGAUUUUUUACUAAGUUCGUUUCAUAACUAUAAAAUUUAACUGUUUGUUGUCUUUUAGUCACACACAGACUGCAUCUGUGUGUGACUAAAAGAAAUAAACAAAGCAAUUAUUAACACUGAAAUUAACGUUAAAGUUAUUUAAUUUUCUGUUUAAUUAAUGAUUUCUUAUAUUUACGCGAACACUUCACAUUGAAUAAAACUAUUUUUUACAGUUUUGAUUGCGUUUAAUUUACUAUUUUAAUUCCAAACGUUUCGGCUGUACUAUCCUAUGUCAGAGCCGUCACAGACAACUUUUCGUUGGCUAUAUUUGAAGCGAGAUUCUAUUAAAACAUACUUCAAGCCGCAGAAGAAGAUUAGUAAAUUUUUACCAUCCGUCAAUUGUAAUAUCGCUCUACAAGAUGCAGGAGUGUACAAGCUUGAUUGCGAAUGUGGUCUGUCUUACAUAGGACAAACAAAAAGAUCCAUUAAAACCCGCGUGAAAGAACAUAUAGCUGAAGUGAAGCACCGACGCUCUGGGAAGUCUGCAGUCUGUGAACAUGUUCAAGAUCGUCCCCGACGUUACAUCAGAUUUGAUGGACUACAAAUCCUCGCAAAAAACACCGAUUCCUACCAAGGAUGAUACGCGCAUCUAUUGAAAUUAAAAAAAAACAUCCUAAUUUCAAUAGAGAGUGCUGCCAUCUGCUUGGGAUCCUAUAAUUAACAAAAUUAAAUCCAAACCCAAGCAUACCACUGCAAAACUUCAAGAUACUGUAAGUUCAUUCUGCGUAAAUCGAACCAAAAAUACCGGUUCAGUGCGAGCAGCACGCCAGGCGUGCCAUCGAUUACUUUUGUGUGUCGUGUCAUUUUAAAAAUCGUUAUAACUCGCUCAAAUUGCUUUUUUGGAAGAUUUAUCCAGAACAAAAUAUUCAUUAUUUUGCAAGUAAUUCUUUUCUGGAUAUUUUGAAAAUUUGAAAUUUUUAGGGGUUGACAACCUUUUUUUAACGUGUACAUGGUACUAUUUUUACUUUGUGGGUUUUAAAUCAUGUUGUGGAAAAAUAGUCUCAUAAGUAACAAAUAAUAGCACUCAUUGCGAUCGCACACAAACUCAAGUUGUAAAUAAAUUUCUGGAAAACAAGUCUCCUGUUAAAAGAAAUCAAUGGGUUUGUCUUAUUGUUUAAUUUUGCUUAAAAUGGUUGAACUGCCGUCUUAUUACUAUCAUAUAGCCGAAUAGACCUACGAAGUACCAUGCGCUCUUGUGAUAUGGUAUAAGGUUUUAUUUUUGCUUGAAAUAGUUCGAAACCGUUCAUGCAUAAAAAAAGUUCGCUAAUAAAUAGUCUUUUGUCAAUCCGCCGCCGUAUAGUGCCGGUGUUUUUUUCCUUUUCAAAACACUUGUUGUGCUAUUGUUACUAUUUAGACGUUUUCAGAUCGACUUUACUUUUACAUUUGUAUAACAUUAAAUAAUAUUUAACAUUUGUAAAUAUCAAUAAAUCAUAAAAAAUUGUUUGAUAUUUACAAAUGUUAUAAUUAGGUGAAAAUUUAAUUUAAUAAAAACCAAGGUUUCCAGGGUGAUUUAGCUGUACCUACUUAUGUAAAUGAUUUUUUUAUAAAACAAAAAAUAGUACAAAAAGUUUGUAAUCUGUGCAUAAAAAAGUCACUUACUCUCAAUUUCAAAGAAAACUGGUAAAAAAAACACGUAGUUACCCACUAAAAGCAAGUAUCCUUCCGUUUAAAACUUAUGUUUGAUGUCAACUAAACUUAAUUAGGCCUAAACAAGU